GCCGCCAUUUUGGAUUUUGGUUCCUUCUUGCUUUCCCGUACGUGAAUCGUGUGAAUCGUAUUUAUGUUUUCUCUGGUGUGAAUUCUCUUUGGUGAAUCGUGAAUUGUGAUUGAAAGUGCCGACUUUAAUUGUAAAGUUUCCUGCAUGUAUGCUAAAGACAUUUUAUCGCCAUAAUGGUAUUGAAACGUGUGCUGAUAAUUGGAGCAUCUCAGACGAAGUACUUCGAUGGUUACUUGCAGCCGUCGCUAACUUUGGAGGUAACUGUGAAUGCUGUCUCAGGAAGAAAGGUGCAAGAUGUGAACAUCCAAGGUAUGCUGGCAGUUAAGGGUGUAGAUCAUGUUAUUCUUCAUCUCGGAACGAAUAACAUCCCAUUGGAAGGUCCUGCUGCAACCCAACGGAGGAUGGAGUCCUUAUUAAAGGAAAUUCGUAGCUUGAAUCCUCAUUGCACCAUGUACGUCUCAAGCAUUCUACCGAGAGCAUCCAGCUUCUUCCCUGGCACUAGGAGAUCACCUGAAGAAAUCGAGCACUUGAAUGAUCGUUCUGCAACCUUAAACUGUCUGUACAAGUCUCUUGUUUCUCGGUUUCCAAAUUGUUACUUCAUUGACAACAGUGCCCACUUUAUGGAAGAAGGAGUAGUAAAGAGAUGGUUACUGUCACGGGAUGGACUACACUUGACGCCUAAUGGUGCUGCGCGGCAAAUUCUUACAUUAUGAUGUUUAGAUUUUGUGAUUGGUGUACUUCGAUUAUGGUGCAAGCUUCUGUUAUCGUUCCUGUUAAACAAUUUUUGUGCUACUUUUUUUGUGUUACUGUGAUGAAACUAGUCCUAAAAAAUUUUGUGUUCCCUAUUUUUUUUUAUAAAACCUCAUUUUGACUAAUUGAUUGUGCUCCUGUAUCGGAAUUAUUAUAGAAAAAAAGAAAAAUGAAUAAAGUCUUUUAUAUAUCAUCAAAUAAA